AUGGCUGAAAAAGUUGAUACAAAUGUCAACGAUAUUGAACAACAUUUAAAUGUUGAUUACAAUGAUAUACCAGAAAGAUAUGACAUACCAAUUGUACAAGAUACAAAUGAUGUUAAAAAUUCAGUAACAUCAUCACAAGAUGAAAAAACAAUUAUCAAAGAUAAUAAUCAAUAUGGUACAUCUCCAAAACCAAUGGAUGAAAAUCAAAAAAAUCCAUCACAACAAACAAAAUAUCCAACAGCAACAGAUGGUAGUGGUAAAACUUCAGAAGCUUGUGUUCCUGUAACUUUUUAUCCACAAUCUCAGAGAGAACCUCAGUAUCCUUCUCCAAUUUUUUUACAACCUCAGUACAAUUCUCUUUCACCAAAUAAUUAUCAACAAUUAUCACCACAAUAUACAAAUGCAAGAGAUGAAUCAUCAAUUAAACUUGAAUAUAGAUAUCCUCCUUUACAACCAUCAACGCAAGAAUAUCCACAAGUACCAGUUCAAGGAUAUCCACAACAAUCUGUACAAGGAUAUUCACAACCACCAAUGCAGGGAUAUUUUAAUCUUGGUCAACCAUCAGCAUUGUAUCUUUGUAGUUAUGUAAAACCUGCAUAUCCAAUUAAUACUGGUCUUGACAAUCAAAGACAAUAUAAUAAUCAAGAAGAAAAUUUUGAUAAAAUAAAAGAUCGUGCUGAAGCUUAUACACCAUCAAAUUUUGUUAUUGGAUCAAAUAAAUCAAUUUCAGGAAUUCGAGGAGGUUGUAAAGAUGUUUGUCGUGAUUACAGUGGUUGUAUUAACCCAGGAAAACGCUGUGAUGGAACAGUUGAUUGUCGUGAUGCAAGUGAUGAAAUUGGAUGCUCAUGUAAAACAAGAAUUAACGCAAAAAAACUUUGUGAUGGAUAUCUUGAUUGUCCACUUGGUGAAGAUGAAUCAACCUGUUCAGGAUGUCCAAGUGAUUCAUUCAAUUGUCAAGACUGGCUGAAUGAAGAUAAUAUUGGUAAAUGUAUACCUUUAUCUUUUCGUUGCGAUGGCAAAGAGGAUUGUUCAAAUGGAAGAGACGAAGCUGAUUGUACUGUUUUAACUGAAUUUUUCAUCAACAACAAACAAUUUGAUGUUGGAUUUACUGAGGGAUAUUUAUUCAGAAAUUUGGCUGGCAAAUGGUACCCAGCAUGUGAAGCAACAGUUGACUGGGUUAAAGAUGUUUGUCAUUCUGAAACAGGAAGUUCACUUGAAGAAAAUCCAGUUGUAAGAAUUGAUCCACUUCCUAUUGGAAAUCAAAUUAUAACAUAUCUUUCUGAAACAUCAUCAGGAAAAAAAUCAUUUGAAUCAAACUGUCGUGGUUCAGUUUAUGUUAAAUGUCCACCAGUAUCAUGUGGAAUACGAGUUUCAAAUUAUCCAGAAUCUUAUCGUUAUUCUAGAAUUUAUUUGGACAAUUUGGUAGCAUCAAAACACAAUAAUUCAGUUGAUAAUUCAACUGUACAAGAAAAUAAAUCAAAUGAAACUGAUGUAAAUGAUAUUGAACCAGUUUUGGCUGGUCCAAGAUUAGUUGGUGGUCGAGCAAGUGAACCCAAAGCUUGGCCAUUUAUUGUUACAAUUUAUAGAAAUGGUCAUUUUUCAUGUGGAGGAGUUAUUGUUAAUGAAAGUUGGAUUCUUACAGCUGCCCAUUGUGUCAAAGAUUAUUAUUAUAAUUAUUAUGAAAUUCAUGCUGGUAUGCUUCGAAAACGUUCAUUUUCACCGAUGGUACAGGUGCGUGUAGCAUCAAAAAUAAUAGUAUAUCCAGGAUUCAAGGAAUCAGUAUUGACAGGAGAUCUUGCUAUGAUUAAAUUAAAUAUACCAUUACGAUUUAAUCGAUGGGUGAGAGAAGCUUGUCUACCAUCAAGCAAUUCGACUGAUGAGCCAAAAAUUGAGACAAUGUGUACGGCUAUUGGCUGGGGAAUGAUAGCAGAAAAUGGUCCUGAUGCUGAUCAAUUGAGAGAAGUAGAAAUUCCAAUACAAGAAUGCAAAGAAACAACAGCUAAAAAUUCAAAAGAAAUAUGUGCUGGAGUACAAGAAGGUGGAAAAGAUUCUUGUCAAGGUGAUAGUGGUGGACCAUUAAUGUGUAAAGUUUUAAAUUCACAAUCACAAUGGUAUGUUGCUGGUAUUGUAAGUCAUGGAGAAGGUUGUGCAAGACCAGAUGAGCCUGGUGUAUAUUCACGAGUUUCAAAAGCUCGUAAUUGGAUUGACAGUAUGAUUGAUGGUAAAUCUACUGGUUCAUCUGGUCGAGUACCUAAACAAAUUUGUCCUGGUUUUCAAUGUCCAGGAAGCCAAGGUAAAUGUUUAUCAUUAAAUCGAAAAUGUGACAAAGUUGUUGACUGCCUAGAUGCUGUUGAUGAGAUUGAUUGCACUAAAAAUACAAUUAAACAUCGAGAGUUUAAUAAUACUAAUCAAAUAUCAAAAAAUAAUUCAACUAUUUCUGAUGGUGAAAGACAGACGUCUUCUGAUUUACAACAAGGUGAAUCUCUUGGUUCAACUUCAAACUCAACGACGUCUCAUGAUACAGAAAAUUUAAAUGUUGAAACAACAACUUUUUCAUCAAACUCUUUUAACUCUUCAUCAAGUUCUUUUAAUUCUUCAUCACAUUCUUUUAAUUCUUCAUCAAAUUCUUUCAACUCUUCAUCAAAUGAAACAAGCUCUUCAUUUAACUCACCAACUCAGGCAAAUGCUUCAUCAAACACAACCGACUUGACAAAUGAAGAAUUAACAAAUUCAACAAUUGAUGAAAUUAAACUUCCUGAUGAACCAAAACGUUUUAGCUGUAUUCGAUUUAUGCAAUCAAUACCUCUGGAAUAUAAAUGUGAUGGAUUUGUUGAUUGUGAAGAUGCAAGUGAUGAAGAAAAUUGUACCUGUAAAGAUAAACUUCAUAAUUGGUAUCCAUCAGCAUUAUGUGAUGGUUACAUUGACUGUCCUGAUAAAAGUGAUGAAGAAGAUUGUAAUUAUUGCAAAGAAAAUGAAUUUAAAUGCAGUAAAAGUGAUAAAUGUAUAUCAUUAGAUAAAAAAUGCAAUAUGAUUGAUGAUUGUCCACUUGGUGAAGAUGAACUUGAUUGUUAUACUUUGACAAAUGGUAAAUAUAUUAAUAUUGAUCAUGACCAACGUCCUCAAUUUAAUACCGAAGGUGUUAUAACUUCAUUUAAUAAAGGAUCAUGGAUUCCAUCAUGUUAUAAUUUAAAUGAAACUGAAAUAAUUGAAACUGCUGAUAUUACUUGUUUGUAUCUUGGUUUAAAAAGUCAUGAAGAUUUUAAAAUAAUUAAUGUUUUAAAUUCAACACUUGACCAGAGACAAUGGCCAUUUAAAAAUAAUACUUAUGAUAAAUUAAAUACUUCUGAAACAUUAAAAGAUAUAAAUGAAUUAAAUACUUGUCAAGGUUUAUGGAUCAAAUGUAAACCUAUAUUAAGUAGUAAUUUAAAAGUUCAUGAAAUAAAAAAUCCAAAUACAAAUGAAUCUGAAUAUAUACUUCCAUGGGAAGGUGUAAUAUUUGUUGAUGGAAUAAAUACGUGUCCAGCAAUACUUCUUCAAGAUGACUGGCUUUUAACAAGUUGUCGUUGUACAGAUGACAUUGAUUUACAUGAAAAUGUCGUAAUGAUUGUCCUUGGUUUUUCACCAACACGUAAUACUUUCAAUGGUCCUUAUCAACAAAUUAGUAGAGUUGAUGCUGUUAAGCCAAUUAAAAAACUUGACAUUUCAAUGUUACAUAUUGAUAAUUCUGUUAAUUUUACACGAUAUGUACAGCCAGUAUUUGCUAAAAAAAGUAUAUUUCCAGCAUCUGAAAAUGAUGUUUGUAUUGCAACAGGUACAAAUAAAUAUUUAGAAACAAAAAAUGUAUUUUUACAGCCAAUAAUUGAUGAAUGUGCAACAUGUCAUCGUUGUUAUAAAAAUGCAACAAUUGAAAAUUGUAAUGAUAAUAAAAAUUGGAGUGGUACUGUUGUUUGUCGUGGUGAUGAUGGUUGGUAUCCAGCAGCAAUAUUUCAUAAAAAAGAUAUUAAUUGUGAUUUUACAAAUACCCAAACAUUAACAAGUAUUGAUUAUAUUAAUGCUUAUUUAACUAAAACAAUUGAAGAUACAUUUAAUAAAACAGAUAUUCCAAUUUGUGAUGGUGUUAGAUGUGCACUUGGUCAAUGUAUAUCUUGGGAAAAUGUUUGUGAUGGUCAUGAUGAUUGUAUUGAAGCUUCAGAUGAACAUGCAAAAUAUUGCAUUGAAAAAAAAAAAUUAUGUGAAACAUCUGGUGGAAUUGAUUGUAAAUGUUCACCAUCUGAAUUGAGAUGCGGAAAUGGUAAAUGUAUAAAUAAAGAAUUUUAUUGUGAUUCAAUUAAUGAUUGUCCAGAUGGAACUGAUGAGCCAGAAAAUUGUGAUUGUGCAUCAUAUCUUAAAUUAACAUCACCAGAAAAAAUAUGUGAUGGUAUACGUCAUUGUUAUGAUAAAAGUGAUGAAUAUAAUUGUACAUGUAAAGACACUAGUUUUUCAUGUUCAUCAAAUAGCUCUGAAAUACAGUCAUUUGGUCAUUGUGUUUCUCAAAGUUUUGUUUGUGAUGGAGAUGCUGAUUGUCAUAAUAAUGAAGACGAAAGAAAUUGUCGUGAUAUACGAGGUACCUUGGAUGAUCCAAAAGGUACUGGUGAAGUUAUUGAACGUAAACUUGGUUUUUGGCAAACAAAAUGUUAUCUAAAUGAAUUAACAAAUGACAAUGCAACUGAUAUUUGUAAAUCAUUUAAUUAUAAUGAUGGUAUUUUAUUGGACACAGAAAAUACUACGAAAUAUGGAAAUGGAUCAAUUUAUAAACUUGAUGAUUUUUAUCUCAUUAGAUUUAAAGACACUUCUAGAAUAAAUUUCAUGGCAAUGACAAAUGGAAAAUUUGAACAUAAUUAUACUCCAUCAAAAGACUGUCAUCGUGCAUUUGUGAAAUGUUUUUAA